AUGGGGGACCUCGCCAAUGAAAUAAAUGGCUUCAUAAGCCAGCACAAUGCCAGGAGAGGACAACGUCAUACACGGGAUGCCAUCCCUACCAUGAUCUCAAGUUAUUAUGCCCCAAGCUUGAUGCUCUCAGAGAGAGACAACAAUGGCACUCCUACUCAAAGCAUCAGCAUGUCAACCGCCAGCAGCUCGACAUUCAUGUCUUCCUGUUUUGACAGACCAACUCCUCAAAACUCUUCGGUUUACACAGAACCUCCUCCUGUUGCCACUUUACCGCAGUCGCAGCCAUAUGUAACUCCUGCAUUACUCACGUGUGAGUUCCUCGGCUUUGGGGACUGCGAUGUUGUAUUCAACUUGAACGAUGAAUCCCGUUGGAUCGCACACAUCGCGGGCUGCCACCUUCGCAACAUCUUCCCAGCAGUGUGCAUUUGUUGGUUCUGUGACCGUGAAUUUCGGACAUCUUCACACAAUCAAGCUGAUGCUGAGACUUGUUAUCGGAAGCGAAUGCAUCAUAUUGCAAAGCACUUUCGCAACGGUCUUUCGGGACGGCAGAUGCGUCCUGACUUCUUCUUUCUUGAUCACUUAUACCAACACCGGUUGAUCGAUGAAGAGAUGUAUCAGAGAGCAAGAGCCUAUCACGAAGCCUCUCAGGUCCAGAUUCAGAACUUGUACCCUGCGGGCUGGAGGCCAGAGCACCAUAAUCAGGAGCCAGUGGUGGUGGAAGCCAGUCGGUCGCGGCAUCGGGGGUCGUCGACUCGAAAUCGUGCGCCGCAGGGAUAUUAUCGCUGA